ACGAACAAGUCUUCAAUACAUAUCUCGUGACUCAAUAUAUAUACAUACAUAGCAACUUUCCGGUUUCCAUGCUGCAAAAAACCUUACAACAUACAAUCAUUAAAUACUCGACUCAUAUUUUAUGACCAACUAUAGGUAAAAACAUAUAUAUCUAUAUCUAUCUAUAAAUAUACAGUACUAAUAAAUUAUGUCGGGUCGACUAUCUCCGAUAAGAAGCAAUAAUAAUAUUGGUCGGAGGAGUAUGGAGAAAUUAGAAGAUAAUGAUCAUGAAGAUGAGUACAAAGUGGAAGAUAUUCGAGAUGAAGAUGAUGAUGAUAGUGAUAGGGGAAAACGACGUCGUAAUAUGUUAACAUUGUUGGCAUGGGAUAUCGGUGGACUGGAUUUAAGUAGCCACAACAGAGAAAAAGUUAUUGAUGGCAUCAAAGGUUUUUUCAUCCACCCACGAAGCAGAUGGUAUCGAAUGUGGGAGAAAUUUAUACUAUUAUGGGCAGUGUAUUCUUCUUUCUUCACACCAAUGGAGUUUGGGUUCUUUAGAGGAUUGCCUGAAAACCUUUAUUUACUAGACAUAUUUAGUCAGGCUGCUUUCCUCGUCGACAUUUUCCUUCAAUUCUUUGUUGCUUAUAGAGACAGUCAGACCUACAAGAUUGUCGUUAGCCGACGUCUCAUAGCUAUUCGAUACGUGAAAUCUCAUUUCAUCUUUGAUGUACUUGCGUGCAUGCCUUGGGACGUUCUUUACACAGCUUCUGGGAAAAAAGAAGAAGUGAGAUACCUUUUACUAAUCAGGUUGGUACGGGCACGAAAGGUUCUAAAGUUUUUCUCUGAGUUAGAAAAGGACAUACGGGUCAAGUAUUUGUUCUCAAGGAUUAUAAAACUAAUUGCUGUUGAGCUCUACUGCACGCAUACAGCAGCAUGUAUAUUCUAUUAUUUGGCUACAACUCUACCAGCUGCAGAAGAGGAAUACACAUGGAUUGGGAGCCUAAAACUUGGCGACUAUAGUUACUCAAACUUCAGAGACAUAGAUCUCUGGAAUCGCUAUAUCACCUCAUUAUAUUUUGCAAUUGUUACUAUGGCAACAGUGGGUUAUGGAGAUAUUCAUGCUGUCAACUUGAGAGAAAUGAUAUUUGUUAUGGUUUAUGUCUCAUUUGACAUGGUUCUUGGUGCUUAUUUGAUCGGUAAUAUGACAGCUUUGAUUGUAAAAGGAUCAAAGACAGAAAGAUACAGGGAUAGAAUGACGGAUCUCCUGAAAUACAUGAACCGAAAUAGAUUAGGAAGAGAUAUACGUGACCAAAUUAAAGGUCACAUGCGGCUACAAUAUGAUAGUAGCUAUACUGAUUCUGCUGUUAUUCAAGACCUUCCAAGCUCUAUCCGUGCCAGGAUAUCUGAAACUUUAUACAAGUCAUACAUUGAAAAGGCAUCUAUUUUUAGAGGAUGCUCUUCGGAAUUCAUAAAUCACGUUGUAACAAGAGUCCACGAGGAGUUUUUUCUUCCUGGUGAAGUAAUAUUGGAACAAGGGACUGUGGUUGAUCAAGUUUACUUCGUUUGUCAUGGCAAACUGGAUGCGAUAGUUGUAUGUGAAGAUGGAUCCGAAGAAAAAGUAUCGGUUCUAAACCCUCAUGAUUCGUUUGGAGAUGUUUCCAUUUUAUGCAACAUUCCACAAACGUACACCAUUCGAGUUCAAGACCUUACUCGACUUUUGAGGCUUGAUAAGCAAUCUUUCUCUAACAUCCUUGAAAUAUAUUUUCAAGAUGGACGGAAGAUUCUGAAUAAUCUACUGAAGGGAAAAGAAAAUGAUGUCCGAAUGAAACAUAUGGUGACAGAUAUUACAGUUCACAUUGAAAUGCAAGAGGCAGAACUUGCAUUAAGGGUCAAUAGUUCAGCCCAUAAUGGAGAUUUGGCUCAGCUAAAAAGCUUAAUUCGGGCUGGGGCUGACCCAAAUAAAACAGAUUAUGAUGGAAGGUCACCCCUGCAUCUUGCAGCAUCAAAAGGACAUGAAAGUAUUGCUUUUUUUCUGAUUCAAAAUGGUGCAGAUGUUAACAUUUCAGAUAAAUUUGGAAAUACGCCGCUGUUGGAAGCCAUUAAGAAUGGACACGAGAACAUUGCUUCCUUAAUAGGAAAAGAAGGUGGUUUACUAAACAUACAAGAUCCGGGUAGUUUUUUGUGUUCAUAUGUGGCAAAAGGAGACCUAGACUUUAUCCGACGGAUCCUUUCAUAUGGAAUUGAUCCAAAUUCAAAAGACUAUGAUUUUCGAACUCCAUUACAUGUAGCAACCUCACAAGGAAUUUAUUUAAUUGCAAAGUUACUCGUGGAGGCUGGAGCUAGUGUUCUUUUGAGGGACAGAUGGGGCAACACUCCGAUCGAUGAAGCAAGAGUAUCUGGAAACAAAAUACUGAUUAAACUGUUGGAGCAAGCCAAAUCUUCCCAGCUCUCAGGUUUCCCUUCAACCUCGCUGGAACCAACAGAUAGAAAGCCAGAAAGGAAAUGCACUGUUUACCCAUAUCAGCCAUGGGAGCCAAAGGAUCAAACCAAGUAUGGAGUUGUAUUAUGGGUUCCUGAAAACAUCGAUGAGCUCAUGAAAACAGCAGCUACUCAUUUGAAUUUGGAUGUUCUCCCCUCUUCUUGUAUCAUAACAGAAGAUGCAGGUAAACUUUUGGAUGUGGAUAUGAUUACAGAUGGACAAAAACUUUACCUAGUCACUACUUAAUCAUGAUUUAUGCAUCAGUUUUGUCAUAUAUACCAUGCUGCAAGUUUGUUGCUUACAUAUAAGCUUGACACAAAUUUAUGUGAUUUAUAAAAGGGUGAUAUUUUAAUUCGUAUAUAUCGUUUC